AUGGUUGACAUCCUUCCCCUCUGCUCCUAUCCCUCCUACCUGUCGCUGCUCCCCUCCAUCCAGACUUGCAACAUCACAAACCUUCCCGAAAACUACUUCCUCAAGUAUUACAUGUACCAUGCCCUCUCCUGGCCGCAGCUCAGCUUUAUCGCCGUCGUCCGGCCCCCGCCUAACAGCAAGAAUUCCGACUACCCCAAAGUAGUAGGAUACGUGCUCGCCAAGAUGGAGGAGGAGCCCUCGGACGGCGUGGCACACGGACACAUCACAAGCUUAAGCGUGAUGAGGACACAUCGACGACUGGGUAUUGCUGAGAGACUGAUGAGAAUGAGCGAACGAGCAAUGGCUGAGUCCCACCGCGCACACUACGUCUCGCUACACGUCCGCGUCUCCAACACCGCCGCCUUGAGGCUAUACCGCGACACGCUUGGCUUCGAAGUUGAAAAGGUCGAGGCCAAGUAUUAUGCUGACGGGGAGGAUGCGUACGCCAUGCGCAUGGACCUGCGUGACCUCUGGGUCAAGGGCGAUAAAGAGGGCGGAAACCCUUCGGGUGAGGGAACACCUGCAAAGAUGAAAAAGAAGAGGGAAGAAAGCGGAGAUGAUGAUGCUCAGGAUGAAGGAGAUGAGGUGGGGAGUCUAGGGAAGAAAGAGGAUGGAAAAGAGGGGGAGAAGAUGGUGAAGGUCAAGAUUGGGAGAGCGCUGGGAGUGGGGGAUUUGGUGGAGAGAAAUGAGGCCGUGCGAUGA